AUGUGUCCUCUGUUCUCGUUGGAGGGGCUUACACAAGAUACUUGGUCCAUUGACAUUAUGCACACCUGGCACCUGGGACCAAUGCAGCAGUUCAUCAGCCUGGCUAUUCACAGCUUCAUCGCUUCGGGUGUUUUUUCGCCUCGGGCGGCCAACAUGGAAGCUGCUGAUGUUCGCGAGCUGGCACUCUUGGCGAUCAAGGCAGAGCUGUUCCAGUUCUACAGACAGCUGAGAAGAGAUGACCCGGCAUGGAAGGAGAAAGGCUCUGAAGUCUGGAACUUGACUCUCGGCAUGCUGGGGAGUGCCGACUCGCUGCAGCUUAGUGCGAAGGCAGCUGAAUCGCACGGCCUUCUUCGGUUCGUUCUCUGGAUGCUGCACAAGUACAAAUCGGACUUCGCCUCGCAGCCGCCGGCUUUGGCAAGGAAGCUCGCUUUGCUGACCGCUGCUGGAGAGGCUGCGGUGGCCAUGGACGAGGUGCUGCAGCAGGAGAAUCGGCAGUUCAAGCGAUUGGAUUGUCAGACUCUCUUGCAGCAGUACCUACGUUUCUUGAGCUUGUACUUGAAGGCUGGUGGUGUUUGGAGGCCGAAGUGCCAUCUCUUGGUGCACAUGGUUCAAAGGGCUCUUGAUCGUGGCAACCCUCGCUUAUACAGCACAUACCGCGACGAGACCUUGAAUGGGGUCAUAGCCAAGAUUGCUAGAAGUGCUCACCGCCGGACUUGGUCGAAUGUCAUACACUUCAAGUGCAAUAUCCUUCAUGAAAAGAAUCUCAAGGCUUAUCUUGAGACACAGGGGCAGUGA